CCCGCAUCUGUCUUUCGGCACCACGUUCCAUUCAUUUGUUUGUUGCUUUGAAUCAUUUGUAUUUUUUUUUUUCUCUGGAAAAAUGGAGAAUACCAGUCUCACUGGAUUGUUGAAGAAAGCUGCAGCCGAGUUCCCGAACAAGAGAGCUAUUUCUGUUUCUGGAAAACUAGACCUCACACACGCUCAAUUGCAACAACUCAUCGAUUAUGCUGCUUCUCUUCUUAUCGCCGCCGGCAUUAAGCCCGGCGAUGUUGUCGCUCUCACUUUCCCUAACACCGUCGAGUUUGUGGUAAUGUUUUUGGCGGUUAUUCGGUGUAGAGCCACCGCAGCGCCGCUGAAUGCGGCUUACACAGCGGAGGAGUUUGAGUUCUAUCUCUCCGACUCAGAAUCGAGGCUUCUCUUAACACCACAAGAUGGCAAUAAAGCAGCUCAAGCCGCGGCUUCCAAGCUCACCAUCCCUCACUUGACCGCCACCCUUCGCGACUCUGAUUCUAAGAUUAGAUUAUCAUCAUCCACCGACGCCGAGCCAAAUCCUGACGCCGUCGCUCAGCUCGUCAAUAACUCGUCCGACGUGGCACUCUUCCUGCAUACCUCCGGCACAACAAGCCGCCCGAAAGGAGUCCCCUUGACUCAAUUCAAUCUGGCUUCCUCUGUUUUGAAUAUUAUAUCGGUGUAUAAACUCUCCGACUCAGACUCCACCGUUAUCGUGUUGCCCUUGUUUCACGUGCACGGUUUACUGGCUGGAUUACUCAGCUCACUCGGCGCUGGAGGCGCCGUCACUCUCCCCGCAGCAGGCCGUUUCUCUGCUUCAACGUUUUGGUCAGACAUGACCUCAUACAAAGCAACAUGGUACACGGCGGUCCCCACAAUACAUCAAAUCGUCCUCGACCGCCAUGAAAACAAGCCCGAGCCUACUUAUCCCAAGCUGAGGUUUGUAAGAAGCUGCAGCGCCUCUUUGGCGCCGAGUAUAUUGUCCAGGCUAGAGGAGGCGUUUGGGGCGCCGGUGCUUGAGGCUUACGCAAUGACUGAGGCGUCCCAUUUGAUGUGUUCCAACCCGUUACCCCAAGAGGGUCCUCACAAGGCCGGCUCAGUUGGGAAACCAGUGGGACAGGAAAUGGCUAUUCUGGAUGAGCAGGGUCAUAUACAAGCGGCUGGUGAAAAAGGGGAAGUCUGCAUCAGGGGACCAAAUGUGACCAAGGGUUAUAAAAAUAAUCCUGAAGCCAACAAGACGGCCUUUCAAUUCGGCUGGUUCCACACAGGAGAUGUGGGGUUUUUUGAUUCUGAUGGAUAUUUACAUUUGGUGGGUCGGAUCAAGGAGCUCAUCAACCGGGGAGGCGAGAAAAUAUCACCUAUUGAAGUGGAUGCAGUUCUUCAGUCACAUCCAGAUAUUGCUCAAGCUGUUGCCUUUGGAGUUCCUGAUGAUAAAUAUGGUGAAGAGAUUAAUUGUGCAGUGAUUCCAAGGGAAGGAUCAAACAUAGAUGAGCAAGAGGUACUGCGAUUCUGUAAGACAAAUCUCGCAAGUUUCAAAGUCCCCAAGAAGGUUUUUAUCACUGAAUCGGUUCCAAGGACUGCUACUGGUAAGAUCCAGCGCCGUAUUGUAGCAGAGCAUUUCUUAGCUCAAGUCUCCACAGCUAAGGUUCCCAAGUUUGGAGCUUAAGCAACCAGUUGUGUAAAAAAAAUUCAAUAUACUAGAAAGUUUAUUAUAAAUGUGGUAUAAUUAUUUUGUUUUCCAAGAUAUUGAUUUAGUGACUAAACUAAAUGAGAAAAUCUCUGGGUCUGGUAAUUUUCUUUCUCA